AGCAGGUGCAACAGAACGUUCGACGGUUGGCAGUGCUGGCCUCCGACGCCAGUGGGCGCCGAAGCCCGGGCGCCGUGUCCUCAUCUCCUUCCCGGACAAGUGAAUGUUUUCGCGGCCGCGAAAUAUGACUGUCACUUGAAUGGUUCAUGGAAUGGCAUUGCUGCAGACUACACAUCCUGUACCAGCUCACCCACCGAAGAUUCCGAACUGAUGCUUUUACAUAACAUUGCCCAAGAUCUAGGCGACGACGUGCCCUGGGAACAAAAGCUGCACAGCGGUGAGGACGGAAUCGUAGAAGAGAAGAUCGACCGCUUCAAGGAUUGUCUCGAAAGUGUCCUCCUAAAACCACUUCCUCACUUAGGUGUCAGUGAGUCUAUUUGUCCCAGAACUUGGGACGGGUGGAGCUGCUGGAACGAUACGCUGCCCGGUCGCACAGCGUACGCACCUUGCCCCCAGUUCGUCGCCGGAUUCGUACCGUACAGGCAGGCGCACAAGGUGUGCACUUCCAACGGAACUUGGUUUGUCCAUCCCGUCACUGGUCACGUCUGGUCCAACUACACGGCUUGCGUCGACACCCACGACCUACAGUACGGCAACUUGGUGAACUCGCUGUACGUCGCUGGAUACACGAUAUCAUUGGUGGCUCUCACCUUGUCCCUUAUCAUAUUUUUCUCUUUCAGAUCGCUUCGUUGCAAGAGAAUAACUAUUCAUAAGAACUUGUUCACAUCGUUUAUUGUCAGCAACUUCUGCUGGAUACUCUGGUACGUGCAAGUCGUCGCAGGAACACAUGUAAUCGAACUGAACCCGCACUUCCUGGUCUGCAACUACUUGUGGAUGUUCUGCGAGGGCCUUUACUUGCACACGCUCCUGGUACUUGCAUUCGUCGACGAAGACAAAGCCAUCAAGUGGUUCGUGUUGAUUGGCUGGGGUUUUCCCUUAUUUCCAACUAUUGCCUACACUGUGGCACGAGGCUUAGACUCAGAUGCAUCGAGAAUGUGCUGGCUGGAGCACGAUGUGUGGUACACUUACAUACUAAGUGUCCCAGUAUGCAUUUCAAUACUGUUAAGCCUUGCCUUCCUCGUGAACAUUGUGAGGGUUUUGGUGUCAAAACUAAGAGCUGUCAAUUCUCCAGACCGCGACAGUGCGAGGAAAGCCGUGCGGGCCACGCUGAUUCUCCUGCCACUCCUUGGCCUUCACUACGUGGUGACACCAUUCCGCCCAGAGAGAGAUCGCAUUUGCCUGACGUACGAGAUCUUCUCGGCCCUCGUCACAUCUCUACAAGGUCUGUGUGUAGCAAUGCUGUAUUGCUUCUUUAAUGAAGAGGUUCUUACAGCCCUUCGCAAAGCGCUGUCGCAGACUCCGUGCGCCAGAAAGGAAUGGCGCCGUAUGUCCUUCGCUAACUCAACCAUCACUUUCCUGUCAAGAAGAGCAUCCGACGGGAAAGGCUUAUCACCAUCACCAGGCAACAUUCAGCAGUCCCUUCUGUGAAAACAAUCAAAGGAGAAAGGGCAGAGAUAUCAGUACCCGCCCUUGUCAUGCACAUUCAACCCGUUCUCGCAUGAUAAUCCGAGUCCGCGCUGAUGUUCGCACUCGGUGUUUGAUGAACUAUCAGCUAUCCUGACAGCCAGUCCGCCUCGGUCGUACAGUGGUUACGGUGCUCGACUGAUGACCCGAAGGUCGCUGAUUCGAUCCCGGCCACGGCGGUCGCGUUUCGAUGAAGGCGAAAUACUAGAGGCCCGUGUAGUGUACGAUGUCAGUGCACGUUGAAGGACCCCAGGUGGUCGAAAUUUCUAGAGCCCUCCACUGCGGCGUGCCUCAUAAUCAUAUCAUGGUUUUGGCGCGUAAGACCCCAGAUAUUAUUAUUGUUGUCCUGACAGCCGAGCUUUGUAAACUUCGGUAGAUUUCUGGAUGACAGUCCAUUGCAGAUACAGUUGAAGGAACCAGUGUGUACGGCCAGUAAUGCACAUUGGAUUCCAUUCAUGACAAAUGCACACAGUGCGAAAAAGGACACGGGCCAGAUAGAGCACGGCAUGAACGAUGCGCUUUUACAUCUCGUAUAGUAAAUGCCGUGCUACCCUGUCUCACGAGCCUAACAGAAACGGUCGCUGAGCUUCGAGUCUCAAGGACUGCAGAAUUCUGAAGUGGAAAGGGGGACACGUUUCAAGAAGAUUUCUGAUCACUUCCGAGUGUUCUUGUAUAUAUAAUCUGUGACAAUGACAGCUUCAUGUUGUGUUUUGCAAUAAAAUUCGGAAGACUUCAGCG